GGGACGGGUUCUAGGCAGCAGCUUCGGCCCCGGGCUCCACUGCCUGGCUGCAUCGAAACGCGCCAAGCGCGCGCGCCUCGCCGGCGGCAGCAGCAGCGGCAGUAGCGGCAGCUUUCCUCUUGACUCCGCAGCUUGCGCGUGUGUGUGUGCGUGCCGCGGCCGCUUCUCAGAGGUGCGCGCGCGCGACCAUCUCCAUCUCUUCCCCUGCGAUUGUAGCCCCUCUUCUUCGCUGCGCGUCGCCAGCGCUACGAGAAGGAGGGAAAGGGAACACUUGCUUGAUAGAGAAGGAGAGGAAGACCCUCCGAAGUGCCCGCCGGUCGUCGCCUUUGGUUUUCGGUCCCCGCAGUCACCCACACUCCGCGGGAACACCCUCUCCUGAUCUCGAGCGAGAGAGAGAGAGAGGGUAAGAGGACGUUUCCAGCCUCACCUCCUUGCUUCCUUUCCUCCGCGGGCAGCUGUGACGCCGUCGACUUCGACGACGACGACGCCGCCGCGACGGCGGCAACGGCACCGUUAGAAGAGCGAGAGCGAAGCCCCCCGUUCGCUUUUGCGUUGCCUCACGCCUCCCAGCAUCCGCCGCCAUCAUGGCCAGCCGCUUGACGCCGGUCCCACAGCAGCGCCGCGGCGCACAGCCGCGUUCCACGCCGGACUGUCCUAAAAGCCAUCCGAACGAACAGAACCGCCCUGCCGGCCGAAUCUCGCGCUGCUGUGAUCGACGCGAAGAAGAACGGUAGGGGUGCGAGGCGACAGCCAGUCGGAAACUUUUUACUCGCGAGCCCGUCAGGUGAUUUCGAGGACGUCCGGGGAACCUGUACGCGGGCACGGAAGGACGGGGCACGUCGAACACCGACGCGCGCCGCCUUUGUGUCAUCAUGUCUACGACGACGAGGAGGACUUCGAGUGCGCGUCGUCCGCGGCAGUGUGCGACGUCUGUGCUCCUGGUAGGCCUAGCGACGGCUCUCGCCGUCGCACCGUGCGUGGUCUUGGCUCAGGACCCGCCGCACUACCCGGCGCGCCAGUUUCGGAUAACGACCACGACGACGACCACCACCACGACGACGGCGGCGCCGGCGUCCGUCGCGCUGUCGGCCGCAUCAGCGGCACUGCGUUGUGAAUUUGAAGAGCCUUGUGCCUGGACUUGGAACGCCGGUUUCACGCUGGCCAGCGCGACGAACAGCAGUGACGCGACUGCGGCUCGCGCCAAGGGUCCGGCCGCGGUGCUCGGGGUCUCGUCGCCUGCCGCCGACUCCGCGCGCAAUGUGUCAGGCCACUUCCUGUACUACGGGGUUCGGGAAGGUGCAGCAGCGACAGCGGCACCGGGCAACGUGUCCUCUCCGUGGUUCCGCCAGGCGGCGCUCCAGCGCUGUACCCUCGUCUUCGACAUGCACGCGUCCAACAUGGCCGACGGGGCCGUCGCGGUGCUCCUCACCAACCCUAACCACACCUGGGAAGUGCGCAAGGUGCCCGGCAACUCACUCGGACUAUGGCAAACGUUCCAAGCCCCGCUUGGAAGGCAAGAGCCGCCCUUCGUAGUGACCAUAGAAGUUCUGCCCGGGAAAUCUGCACCUGGUCACCUAGCCCUAGAUGGUAUCCGGCUGGACAACUGCGCAGAACAACCGAGGCGCGUCGGGACCUGCCUUGCAACUCAGUUUCGCUGCUCCAACUCCACCUGCAUUGACCGCCAGGAAGUCUGUGACGUCCGCGUCAACUGCGCGGAAGGGGAAGACGAGAAACAGGGCUGUGAACAAGUUCCGAGGGGCGCCCGGUGCUCCUUCGAAGAACUGGACGGCGAGACGGACAGCAGCGACCCAACCAUAUGCGGCUGGAGGAACAAGCUUCGCACCGGUAGCGGCGAGUGGCGCCGCGUAGCGGCGGCCAAUGCAACGUCCAAGUACGCGCCCAUGCACGACCACACCACCGACAGCUCGAAAGGACACUAUGUCUGCGCCGCGGGGAAGGCAUUUGGCCACGCUGCCGUGCUGGAGAGCCCGGAAUUCCCGAAGCUGCCCUACUACCACAUGAACCACACUUCAGUGUACUUCAAUUCCUGCCACGUUCGGCUGCACCACUACGCCGACCGCACUCUGCGUCCCUACGGACUGACGCUGUACGCCGUCGAGCGGGACCCUCGGCACGCCAGCGGCCUGCGCCACGAGUUGUGGUCAGCCUCGAUCAAGGACGACGCUGCGGGCACCUGGACUCGGGUGGUGCGCGCGCUGCCCGCCCUGCGGCACCCGUUCACGAUGCAGCUGGUCGCCCAGUCGGCCGUGCGCCGCUGGGGCUGCAUCGCCGUCGACGACCUGACGCUGGGACCGGAGUGCUUCGGCAUCGGUGUGCCGGAGAACGAAACCAGGGAGUAUCCGACAGACAGCAGUAACGAUGACGCCAUCCUGGAAGCACCGCCACCCGAGAAGAUCUACGAGGGGAACAUCACAAAGAGCUACGGCUUCGGCUCGUGCGGUGUGCGCGGCCGGUUCGGGCCCACGCCAGCGGACUGCGCUGCCUGGUACGCCAACAGCAGCACCAAGGUCGCGGUGCUCACCAAGAAGCAGCAGGCGGGCGUCCAGGUGUGGACGGUGCCAGACUCCGGCCUAUACACCGUGUUCGUGAGGGGCGCCCGCGGAGGCCUGGGCCUGAGCCGCGCGUGCAACACUUCGGGUGCCCUGAUCAGGGCCACGUUUCGGUGGGAGCACGGCGACCGCAUCCACAUCAUCGCCGGACAGCGGGGCACCGACGCAUGCGAGAACCCAAAUCCCAGAAUUCAAGACAGCUGCAGCAAGACCAACAAGCGGAGCGCGUUGGAGAACAUCCAGGCCAUAUCGCGUGGCGGAGGUGGCGGCGGAGGAGGUGCCUCAGCCAUAUUCAGGGUGGACACCAGAACCGGCGACGCCGUGCCGCUCGUGGUGGCUGCGGGAGGUGGCGGCCACUCCGCCGCUGCCGCGGCAUCGGCAGGGUUCUGCUUACGCGGGCGUCGCGGGCAGGGGUUUCCAGGACAACCAGCCCCGGGUAACGGCCUCUCUGCACCUGAAGGCAAAGGACCCGGUGGCGGGGGUGGUUGGAACGACAGCGCCGCCGCCGAGAGCAGCGCGACCGACGAGCCGACAGCGGGCCGCCCCCUGAUGGACGGCGCGGCGGGCGGAUCGGUGUGCGCCGAGGCUGCCCUGUGGAACACUGCCGGAGGGUUCGGUGGUGGAGGCGGAGGCUGCGCUGGUGGAGGAGGCGGUGGCGGCUGGAAGGGAGGAGACGCGGCCGUCACGGACACUGCUCAGCGCAGCGGCCACGGGGGCACCUCGUACGUGCACCCGAGCCGCCUGGAGGCUGCGUUCCUGCCCACGCCGUGCCGUCUUGGCUCAGCCGCAUCGACAGACGCUGACGACGCUAAGCCGUACCCCGGCAAGGGUCUCGGCGACGCGAUGGUGGUGAUCGUGUCGGCGACCGACGUCCGCUGCCCGUGCCGGCACUUCUGCCUGACUCGCUCCCUGUCGCCGGCCACCUUCAAGUGCGCAUGCCCCAUCGGCUACAGGCUGGCACGAGAUGGCCACAGCUGCUACGCAGCUUCCGGUGACGCGAGGACCAACGGCGAGUACAAGUUACCCACGCACCACCUUGUAGUCAUCAUCCUCUGCAUCCUGGUCACGGUGGCCAUCAUCCUCUUCUUCGUCGUUGGAUUCCCUCGGUGUCCUGGUUCGCGCAAGAAGCUGCCUUCGUCGCUCAGUCCCGAGCCUCUGGGCGGCAACAACCCGGAGGUCCAGCUGAGCAGGUUGCGGCAGGCCACGGGCAUGGUGACCGAGUUCAACCCCAACUACGAGUUCGGAGGCUCCACCUGCACCCUACAGGACCUCACCGACAUCCCACGCGAGAGCCUCACCCUGGUCAAGGCUCUGGGACAGGGAGCAUUCGGCGAGGUCUACCAGGGUUUCCUGCUCCCAACAACCGUUCCUCCCACUUCGCCGACUGCCGGCGAAGCACCGUCCCCGGUGACAGAGAUUCCAGUUGCCGUGAAGACGCUGCCGGAGCUUUCGUCACCCGAGUCGGAGAAAGACUUCGUGACGGAGGCCUGCAUCAUGAGCAAGUUCAACCACCCGAACAUUGUCCGCUUCAUUGGCGUCUGCUUUGAGAAGAUGCCACGUUUCAUCGUGCUCGAACUGCUGCCCGGUGGAGACCUCAAGUCCUUCCUCAGGGAAUCGCGGCCAAAACCGAGUGUCCCGCCAAGUCUCACGAUGACAGACCUACUUAAGUUAGCCAUCGACGUGGCCAAAGGCUGCCAGUACCUGGAAGACAAGCAUUUCAUCCACAGAGACAUCGCCGCACGCAACUGCCUGCUCACCACCAAGGGUCCAGGAAGGGUGGUCAAGAUCGCCGAUUUCGGCAUGGCCAGAGACAUCUAUCGGGCGGACUAUUACCGGAAAGGAGGCAAGGCAAUGCUUCCGGUCAAGUGGAUGCCACCCGAGGCCUUCCUGGACGGCAUGUUCACCAGCAAGACGGACGUGUGGUCCUUCGGCGUGCUCCUCUGGGAGGUCAUGUCCAUGGGAUACAUGCCGUACCCUGGGCGAGGCAACCAGGAAGUCAUGCAGCUGGUGACGUCGGGUGGUCGCCUGGAGCCCCCGGCGAACUGCCCGGGACCUGUGUACCACGUGAUGACGCAGUGCUGGCACGCCACGCCAGAGGAACGUCCUUCGUUCGGCACCAUUCUGGAGCGGCUGGGAUACUGCAUCCAGGACCCGGACGUGGUGUCGGCGCCACUGCCGGUCUUCCACCGGCCUCCCUCCAUGGAGCGCGACGCGACGGUCAUGAGGCCGCCCAACGCCGACAACGUCUGCCUCCAGGUCUACCGGUCCGAAAGAUCCGAAGUCCAGUCUCCGGGCUCCGAGGACUACCUCAUCCCCAUGCCGUCGUCAAACUACUCGCUGAGCACGGAACGAACCGAGCUCCAGUCCGCCUCUUCGUCGCUCGACUCCAUGGACAAGCUGCUCGGCGGAAACGGCAACCAGGCGAGCGUCAAGCCCUCCGCGCCUGACAAGCCGACAACGUGGGAGACAAGCUUCACCACGACACCACCGGACGAGCUGCCCAUCCGGGCACCCCUGCAGCAGCCGUACUCCAACGUGGCACUCAACUGUUAGUGGCGGAGCCUCCAGAGGUCCAGAGACAAAAACGCGAGGCACGUGCUGGACAGAUGCUCUGGCACGCCUUUCGCCGCUUCCCUUUAAUAUCAGGGACAUGUACGCGGCGCUCGCCGAAAUAUUGCCGCCCUUUCUCUACACGACACAGGUGAAGGGACUGGCUACCUUGCAACGUGUCAUUCUGCUUGGGACAUGGCAUUGCAAAAGAGCGCGAGUUCCUUGUUUGGCUGUUUGAAAUGUCUGAAAGUAUAUGAAGGAAGUUCAGUUUGGGACUCGGGGUGGCGGACUAGGGGAGGCCGGUCCGCUUGCCAUGUUCGUCCGAGCUUUGGUGUGAAUAGUUGGCGUUUUCUCGGGAAGGUUCCUGUGUAGGAGAAGGACUAGACGUUGACCUUGCUGUUGAUAGUCUCACCUACGCUUUUCUGCACUUGAUCGCAACCGAUGACUCAAAAGUCAGCAGGGUCACAACGUGUGAAGAAUAAAGAGGCAGUAAAACCAAGAAAGGCUUGCCACGCUAUCACAAUGCGUGCGGGCGAUAGACCUGCAGUUUGAUCCGGCGAUCGGUCAAGUCUGAAAUUUUCCGCGCUCUUCUCUUAUGAGCAUGUAUGAUGACUGGCGCGAGUUCUGUCCAAUAUUUCGGCGCUUGCGCAGGCGUUUUUCAGAAAGGAGAUGGUUAGGAAGGGCAGAGGCAACGCAUCAUUCAUUUGCUUGUGACUUGGUUCGCCAGUAAUGGCGCAAAAAAAUAAAUAAAGCACAUGAAGCAGGUCAGUUCGCGUUCACACCUCGUGACACCAGUACUGUACAGAUAGCGAGGCCUAUGAGUUCCAUGUCCGCGUUCAGAGGUCCUCUGAGCCGAGCUCGGGCAAGAAAUAUGAGGCUGCAGGGUGACGCAGCAAGACUUUUUUUAUAAUGCGGGCCAAUUGCACUUCAAAGUCACGUCGGUGCACGUUAAAUGCCAUUUCCCCUAACGACUAGAGCAGAAAUGGUCAGUGUUCAUCGUUGUAUAUGUAUAUGGUCCUCAUUUCCUUGUGGUUCAGUGAACAGAAUCCAACGUGAACAAUAUCCCAAGAUGCUGGAUCUCAGAGAGAAAUCCUAGUUGUCCUGCUUUUGGCGUCCACUUCAACUUUUACUGGAGCAGAUGCCUCGCAGUGGCGUAGUGAGACCCCGUAUAAAGCAAUGUCGUCCAUACAAAUACAAACAAACCUUGAGUUAGGGUCCCCGAACGCUUUAGCGUGCCUGUGUUGACUGGAUUGGCAGAUGUUGCUGGUACAAAGGUACCUAUUUCAGUGGCAGGAUACGACCAUUCUUCUAGCCUGUUGUGGUCUGGGGUAGAAGGAAGUAUUAAAACUUUGUAAGGAUUGCAGCGCAUGAAAACUAAACCUGCACCAUGCACUAGACCCGUUCCCACUAGAAACUUGAGCAGUGAGUCCAGCGAGCGCAAGCUGCACCUGAGGUCCUCCACAUGAAUGCACCCAUUCGUGGUGGCUUACCGGGAGGAAUUGAGUGGGGAGCGCGUUCUUUGGAGCAUUGGCUAAACAACAGGCUGCUGCAUACGUUGCCAGGCUUCGUGACAGGGUUCACAGAUACCGCUGGACCACUCGCAAGUGUGUCCCAGUGUUGGCCCAUCAGGGUCUCUCGUUCCUAGCUUACAUGUCCUUGUUGACUCGUUUCAGACGCUUCGACGAUUCUUCUUUUUGUUGCUCACUGUUACGAGUGAGCGGUUCUUGUGAUAAUUCUAUCUGCCUAAACACUUAUUCGUGCUCGACCCCUCAAUCCACAGUCCGAUAAUCUCGUGCAGCUUUCGCAGUUCUUGCUUGAUAGAAAGCUGAGCCUGACGCUAUCUCAACAGGGGCAUCACUGCGGUUUUACGAGACCGGCUGUUCAAGCAAAGGAUCUCAUUGUGAAUGCUUAUAUAUCAUUUUUUUUUGUUGGCGGUCACCAGUGAACAAAGGUGAUUCAAGCCUGUCCUUAUUUUAAUACAUCCUGGAAUCGUAUGUCAGGUCAAUUGCUUGGCUCCCUUACUGUUUGUCCCACCUUCACAGAUAGUGCGAGUAAUGUUAGUUUCGUUUGCAGCUCAGCAAAGUUGUUUAGAGAAAGUCGCCAUGUAUGAUCUCAGGGCUCUCUACGUAACGCUUUGCUUCGGUUAGAGGGACAUUUUCGGACAGAAGGGGAUGGACAUCAGUGUGCACACAAUUACGACAAUUGCAGCACGCUGACGCUUAUUCCACAUCGUUUCUCUUUGUCCGAACGUGCUCUGAAAAAGUUGUUACCGAUUACGUUACUUAUUGCAUGGCUCCCUAGCGUGACUCUCAGUGUUGUUAUAUUGAGUGUCGCUUUUUUUUUCGUAAGAACGUAAGAAAGCGUAAGAUGUUGGUCCCCUGCUUUGAAGUGUUGUCCCUUCACUUGGGAUUUUGAGUCGUUAUACUGCGUUAGCCAGUUGGUGGCAUGGAAAAAAAGUUCAUAGUACCUGAUGUUCAACUCGCGCGCGCUUAAAAAGCAUUACGAUGUACUAGUCACGCGUGACCACGAACGCCGUCGCGAGAACUUGCGGCGCGAGCUCGUGUAGUCACUUUCCUUUAGGUUUAGAAUUUAAAAAAAAGAAAGCCAGUAGGAGAAUGUCAUUCCCAUCUUUCACGUUUAGUUGUCAAGUUGUAUUGUUUGUCCGGUGUUUUUCAUUCUUGGCACGUUGUUUAUGUCGAGGUGUCACCGCAAACGCGGAAGAUAAACGAACGGUGUCAGGGCAUCCUUGAUAUGCUUCACCAAACCAUCCCAUCUCUAGGACGGAGAUUUGAAAUUCCCAGCUUUGACGUGCUUUCUUACGGAAAACAGCUAUGCAUAAAGUUGUUGUCACAGUAAGAAUGCUAGCCCGGCAGUAAUUUGCCGAGAUAACCAGUACAGAAAAUAUUAUUGAAACACGUUCAAGUAAAAAUUCAUUCGUGUGGUCGUUCUGCUGUUUGUCGGUCUUUUUGGUAAAAUAAAGAAAGACGCCAAAUAUCUGUCAUGUCGCCAAUUAACAGUCAGUCAACUAAAGUUUUCUCUCGAGUAAUACUAGGCUACAUCCGUGUUAUUUCCAGCGUUAUCGCUGUACUUUAAACGUCCGAUAACAUUCGGAGAAAUUGCAGCGAGUGAUAGCAAAAUCUUGUUGCAAGUGUAAUUAUUGCCUCCAGCAUUGUCUGGAGGGAAAAUGCCGCCGUGGCGCUCUCGAUGAAUUGCGCCGGUGCUUGCCUUUUUAAAUAUGUUACAAUAUAUAUGUGUAGUGGCCACAUCGUGAAAUAAUUAUAUGCAUGGCAUCAGUUUAAGGCAAUCAUCAAAAUUAACUUGAUCACGCACGCACAAUAGGGGUCUUGUUUCAAAGCCGUUUGCAUUAUUUCUCGAGAAAAGACCACACGCGGCUUGCAUAAUAUCUGAAAGUGUGCAGAGUUAUAACUUCAAAUACCUGUGCUAGUCUCAUUCUUGCUAUGUUUCGUUCUCUCGCUUCAAAAACGCUGUGGUGUUAUGACUUCAUGUACCUUCCAGUAGUUUAUCCAUAAAGUUUUCUUGGUUAAUAUAAUUAAACAUGCUUUUAUGAGAGCUUAAAAUCUUAGCGCCAUUCAGAUGAAUACAACAAAAGUGACCAAGUCUUAAUCUGUGUCAUGUAGUCGACAAGCAGACGAAGAUCGAAAUUCGGCUAUGAUAACCGUACUGGAUUGGUAUGACUUGGGCAUUGUCAGUGAACUCUUAUACCACAGGCUGUUAUCACAAGACUAGAAAGCACGACAAUUCCGCAUGCAGAGGUGUGGUGAUAAACUUCAUGCCCUGAAAGAGGCGCUGCAGGCUGAGCAAUCACUAUGCUCAUUUUCCAGGAUAAACCCGCCUGUUGCAAUAUCAACAGCACCACCACUGCUGCGCAUCAGUACAUCGUCAUGACGUCAAGUCAUGACGUGGGCCUCGUUGUGGACAUAAUGUGUCGUUCCCUCAAUUUUCGCAUGCCACCUCCGGCAGUGCUGAAGCAUGCAGCUGCAGUAGAUGCAGGGUCACGCUUGUACGAAGCGCUGCUGCUUGUGGUCUGCCAACUACAUGUGGCUUUCGUUAACAAGCCGAGGUCAAAAAAUUCGCACUGUCUGGCCUUGUUGCCAAAUGGUUGCAGGUUGUCUUACCACGCCUCGCAUGUAAACAUUAACUUAGCACCCUGAUCUCAUUGUCAUCUCUCCCGCUUGUUUUCGUAAACCACGAGCACUGAGAUAGUGUACCCUGUAUAGUGACGUGAUGUUGGCCUCACUACGUUCGUGGAUUGUGGUUUUUUCUGCCUGCCCUUUCCCUUCGCCAUUACAACACUCACGAAUUUCUCAACACACGAACCAGACAGGCUAGCUGUCUCAGCGGGUCCCUGGCUAAGCGCAGGGACUCUACCGCGUGCAGAGCGCGAUCAAAGUUGCGACAGGUUCGCAGAGUCCUCAUCGACAGGGUGCUGAGAUUUUUUUCUUCAGGGUGCUACAGGUGUUUCGAUUCGAACGAGCCGUUCGCCAUAUGCUGUCCGCAUUUAUUUUCUUCGAUGAAUUGAGAAUGACCACAAGAUCAAAUGUGCCCCGGGAACACGGGAUUGUUACUUUUGUCAUGCUGUCAAAGUCAAGUCAUGACGCGACUUCACUGCUUAAAUGAAAUGGAAACGCUGUCAAGCAACGGGGUGUACAGACAUUUGCCUGUAGAUUCCGAUCUAGUUUUUUUUUUUUUUUUUUAGUUCGAAAUAAGACGACCUUUCUCUUCUUUUUGUAAUGAAUUCUUCUGCAAUGUCACUAUAGGAUAAUUGUUUAAAACAACACACUCACCACAAAAUGUGGAUUCGUAUCAAUGUUUUUUCUAAACAUAUCGAGGUCUUUUGCAUACUAUGGAAAUUCGCAUAAUGUUGGGGGCAUCGAACGCAUUACGUGCCAUCAAAUGCUGUUAUGUAAGCCUUAGGUUUUCUUUAUUAAUCCGUUUCUGCAGAUCAAGUGCCACGUGUGGCAGGAGGACAUCAUUAUUAUCUUUUAAGCAAAAGACAAACUUCGAGCAAUGUUUUAGGCUAGACACGACCCUACGUUUCUGGGCAGUGUCAAAAGAAAUCGCAAACUGUGCCAAACUAAAAUAGCAGAACCAUGCGCUGCCUGACGUGACCCAUGACGCAUUAAUGAUAAUUGAACGGUGAAACUGAAAGAAACGCGAGCAGCCUUUUGCGCAGCGUUGCUAGUUAGUCUGUGUAGAUGCUUCUCGUGCUUUCAUCAUUGUUGUGAUCGUGCUCGAGACUUUGUAUGGCGAAUCGUUUGUCGACCCUGCUCACUUAUUUUGUUGCUGUUAUUGCGUGGUCACUGUUUUUGUACAUAUGUGGAGUUCAGGCUAGUCUGUGAAUGCCGACACCAGUGCUUUUGAAAGUCAAAUACCUUAUCUCUGAGAUGAUCUAUUGCGGUGAGAUCUGUACCAUCGUAGUGCGCCAACUAAUCAGAUGUAUCGUGCUUGUCAUACAUACAUACAUACAUACAUACAUACAUACAUACAUACAUACAUACAUACAUACAUACAUACAUACAUACAUACAUACAUACAUACAUACAUACAUACAUACAUACACACAUACAUACAUACAUACAUACAUACAUACAUACAUACAUACAUACAUACAUACAUACAUACAUACAUACAUACAUACAUACAUACAUACAUACAUACAUACAUACAUACAUACAUACAUACAUACAUACAUACAUACAUACAUACAUACAUACAUACAUACAUACAUACAUACAUACGUACAUCUGCAUGCAUAGUGAAAAGUUGGCAUGAAUACCUGUGAUUGCUUGAGAAGCGCCACACAACCGUAUACAACCGGUCAUGUGAGCGGUCAUGUGAGCGUGUCAUGUGAGCGUGUCAUGUGACUUGGUGCCGAUGCUUCGUCGAGUCUAAGGCGUCUCCGCGAUGAUGAUCUCUUACUUGUGCGUAGACAUGAAGUCCGUGUUGCCGCGCUGUAUAUGUAUAUAUCACAUCGCACACGUAGUGUAACGCCGUGGUGCGCCAGAUGCAAGGACACGUUACUCGGAGUGAACUGGCACUUCAUUGAAGAUUAUCUGAACCCGCUUAAGACCACACAAAAUCUUAACUUGGCUGGGUAAAAGCACUGAUAUCAUCCUGGAGGAGAAAACCACGCGAAACAUUCACCCACCGGAAACCAAUAACUUCGGUGUCGUCUGUCUGGUAUCGCUUUCAAACGAAAAGAAACUAGAUACUGCUCUUUUCUUUCUUUCUUUCUUUUUUCUUUCAUUGAGAUUCGCCUCAUUUGAACGUCCUUCGAAACGACAGAUUGUAGUCGCUUACAACUACUUUCGACUGCUUUCAUAAGCAUGGUAUAGUGCAUUUAAAUAUUUUGACGAGAUAAAAGGCUCACUGUAAGGCAUGAAAUUGUAACAGGAUUGAUUCUGUCUCAUAUGUCAACCGCUACAAGCCAAAUCAAUGGGAAAGGCUGUUAGCGAAUCAUAUUCACCGUUUUAUCAUGCAUGAAUAACUGAAAGAAUGAAAGGAGCAUGUCAUUGGGCGUCUCGAACACUGAGCGUUCCUUCAAACUUUGUGUUCAAACAUUACUCCAGUUCUGCGUAAAAAAUAAAUGAGAUUCUCAUUCUCAGCACAGCGGCGGUUGUGCUGUUGGCAAUCUCAGUUUCUUGCAUAAAUCUCAAUUUUUUUUCAUAUUUGAGUAAUUGCGGAUUAGUUUUGUAUAUUUAUGUUUCUGUCGGGAGACGCGAUCAACAGAAUCGGCAAGCCGCUAUCACAGUCUUGAAACUUCAGUACCAGCGAAGGGCGUUGGGGGGCGGGGUUGUUAACAGGUGAUCGCACUGAGUACGUCAUGCCAUAUUUGCUUUUUCAUUUGAAACAAUCGUCAAAGCGACAGUUCAUUAUCCGUCUUCUCUGAAUGCUCGCCUAUUUUAUUCUCACAAUCGCUCUGGUACCCGAAAGUUGUGGCAGGUUUUCUAAAGCCACGGCAAGGCUAGAAUGGUGCCGCAGUUUUUACACUUCCAUUCAAAGUGAGGCACGCUCUUCGCGCCUCUUCUUUUUUUCCCACCCAAGCGAAUAACGACAAACUAUCACGACAAAAGAGUAAGGAGGCGCUCUUAUUUUUCUAUGACAAAACAGUGAGUCUACUCAGGUGAAACUGGUUCGUCGCCGUGUAAGCUGUCUGCCACUAUUUUCGUUUCUACUGAGCGAAAAAGCCCACACUGGAACGACAAUGACAACCUGCCAGAAGUAAGAGUGACACAUGAGGCGUCAGCACAGACCAUAGCCUCCGAGAUCGGGCGCCACCGCUCGCGCUGCCCGAUCUUGGAGGCCAACCUUAGAGUUUCCUACUAAACUUACUACAGAGAACUCUGGCACUGUAAUUGUGCAGCUACGAUGGCAAUGAUUAGUACAUCUAUUUUUCUGGUCUUCGUGUUCGUGGUUUCAGACGUUCUUGCGGCAUUAUUUAUUACUCUGUAGUAUCUGCCUUUAUCGGCCCAAAUUUCGAAGCAAUCCUACUUUUCGAUACGGCCAAGGCAACAAUACUCAGCAAUACAUGCACAAUCAUUACGAAUUGUCACGUUUGUACCGCAAUGUUUUGUUGAAAAUAUCCAGUUUGCUAAGUCACAAAGUCGUUCGAAGCCAAAAGGAUGACCUUUAGCAAAUCCACUAACCUUUAUUUUAAUGCUGGCUAAGCCAACGUUCUCAGCCCAAAACGUUGCGCUGAACCACCACGCCUGCAACUUUCGUAGACACUGGUGACAGAAUUCCCUCUAGUAAUACUUGAAGGAAACUCUGGCCUUCGAGAUAGUGCGACGUGCUCCGCGCCCUUUGAUCUCGGAAGCUAUGUACGGACACCCGAAGCUUCGUUUUCAUCUAUUUAGGCAGAGAAGCGGGCCGUCAGUAAAUUAUUCUGCCAGUAGAAAAAACGUUGGUUAACCUUAUAAAGCACUCUACAUCGAGUUUCAAAUAUUCUGCGCAAUCUUAUGGUAUAUCCGCGAGAACAUGUUAAAGGACGAACGAAGAUUAUGAAAAACCUGUCGAGCACAGAUCAACUUCGAUUCGAGUAUAACAAGAUGAAAGAAUCGAAAUCACCUGUUAUAUUUCUCUAGAUUCUGGGCAGACGAGCACUAACCAAACACAUUUAAAGGGACACUAAACAGAAAGAUUAUUUUGUUCUGUCACAAUAGAAUACCCUUCCAGAAUACGGAAAACACCGCUCUUACCGCGAGAAGCCGCUUGGUAAGCCCGAAAGAAACGAAAAGCACAACAGGCGAGUGGCGACGUCAACCAGCUCACCAUGACGUCAUGGAUUUUGACAGCGUCUUCUAGGUCUCAGUUAAUUCUUUAGCGGUAAAGAUUGACUACAUUGUGUUCUAAAGGAGCCCAAAACUGAAUUUGGUAAGCUUGGCGAACUUUUACUGAGCCAGCGUGGUCCAAAUAUGAAAAAUUACGUUAGACGUCGUGACGUCACACUGAAGUGCAGACGUUGGGGUUCCGCGCGAAAUUAAAAAAAAAUUGAACUUUGAGCUUCAGUUUUUCGUUUAAUAACUGACCUAUUGCGGUGUAACUAACGACAGCGCAGUUUUCGAAGAAUACUUUAUCAGUCUAAGUUAAUUUCUUGUUUUGCUUUAGUGUCCCUUUAAGUAAAAAGGAAAAUAUUUAAAGUUAAGCAAUUGAGGGUUAUAGACAGUACGAAGCAAAAAUAGAAAAGUGUUUACAACGCAGAUUUUUUUAAUGCGCUUCAUCACAUAAAGAGCAAAGCAGUGUUCUCCCGCACUUGGUUCUUAAAAAAUACAUACACUAGACAUAAACAAAGAAAAAGAAAGAUCCAUCUUUCUUUUAGAACUGGUUGCACGUUGGCACGUCGUUUGCGCUGUGUUUCGUCUGUCAUCGUGUGUGUAUAGAACGUGUGUGCGGCUGCUGAAUACGAGCUAAGUUGCUUGGCCUGAGACACGUUCGCGUACGAAACUACAAUGACUUUUGCUGCAGAAGCUCCGUGUUGGCAUAAAAAAGGACGAAAGAAGUGAGAGAGGCAAUCGAUAAUUGGUUUAACCAACUUUGACGGAAAUGCCAAAGUGUACGUAUUUUUUUUCUUGAAAUGUGAUCGCAUUUUGCUUAUCACAGGAGGCGACGGUUGCGGCUGGGAUAUUUAUUGCUUUGAUGUCCUUGAGGAAAUGUCUUUUGUGUGAGAGUAUGGCAGAAAGAACAAUGACAGCUUAUGCCUGUAAAUACAUAGGUGCUGCUCAGCGUAGUCGACUUGUGUUGCUUGUUUUGUUUUGUCGGUUUUUGCUUGUUUGUUUGUUUGUUUCUUGUGGUCAGUGAAACAAUAAAGAAGCAUGUUCAUUA